AUGGUGUUUACUUUUAUGAAAAAAUGGUUACUACACUUAUUUUACUCCACUUUGGAUCAUAUACCACCAUUUUUUUGGGAGGUAUUAAAUGUCUUAACCGACAUAUAUUUCUUCUGGUUUUAUAAAUUAAUGAAUUAUUUAAGACCCAAAUCAAGAGCAAUUUACCAUGAGGCUAUCAAAGAACUAGACCAAUGUGAAACAUAUGACUUGUGGUGUCAUAAUGCAUCAAUGGUAGAUGAGAUCACAGGUGCUAAUCUGUGGAGAAGAAAUUUUUUUUCUAGAAGAUAUGAUUUUAAUUCUGUUUUGGAACAGUUCACUAUAGUUAGUAAAGCUUUAGAAAAUAAUGAUAUUGAGUUAUUAAGAGAAAAAUUUUCCACUACUGGGCCUUGUAUGUUAAGGAAUUUCGCAGGUAUUGUAGAUAAAAGACUUUUCACCAAAUCAUUAUUAGGAACAAAAUUAUUGAUUGAACAAUAUUUAGAAAAGAAUUUAGAAGGUUUACAAUUAUUAAAUGAUGAACAUGUACCAACGUCGUUCUUCCAAAGGUGUAAGCUAUCUUUGGGGACCACUGCAUUAAUAUUGAAAGGGGGUUCAUUAUUUGGGUUAUUUCAUCUCGGUGUCAUUAAAGGGCUGCUGGUUCAAGGGUUAAUGCCAAAUAUUAUAAGUGGUAGUUCAAUGGGUGCAUGUGUAGCCAGUUUUUUUGGUUGUUUAUCAAAUGAUGAGAUUGAUGAAUUACUCGACGAGUCUAACGGUAUAUUAAAUUUAAUUAAAGAUGAUUAUGAGUUAUUACGAAGUUGUGGAUAUGGAAAUGUAGAACAGCAUUUAAACUUAGGUUCAUUAAUACAAAAUUUGAUUCAUCACGGAUAUUCACAGGAUGUUUACCUUUUUGUUCAAUUUGUAAUCAAGUAUAUUGUAAGGGAUUUAACUUUUGAAGAAGCCUUCCAACAGACAAGGAAAGUCUUCAAUAUCGUUAUUCAUCCAACAGAUAAGUCAUGUCCAAACCUACUGAACUAUGUUACUACGCCAAAUGUGUUAAUACAAUCUGCUAUUAAAUGUUCUUUAGGAUCGGAUGUUAUUGAUAACGACACAAUAUUGUAUUGUAAGAACCUUGACAAUGAGAUUGUUCCAUUUUUAAAUGAACAGAAGACCAAGGAGACGAAAUUCAUGGCUCCAGAAAAGGCAACUAAUGUAGAUGAAUUGGAGAGCCCAUAUACAAGAUUAACUGAACUAUUUAACGUUAAUAAUUUUGUUGUUUCCUUAGCAAGACCAUAUUUAGCACCGUUGAUUGUCAAUGAUUUAAAACACGAAAUUAAAACUUCAAAAUACUAUUAUUAUAAACAUUAUCCAGAGACAGAAAAUAAUAUCAACUUACCUGAAUUAGGUAUACCUCAACUAAGUUUUACAGAGAUGGAACCUUUAGCAUUCAAAUUUAAGUAUCAUCUUGAAAGGAAAUUGAAAAAUAUCAUGACGAUGGAGUUUCAUCAUAGAAUGCAGGUACUGAAUAAUUUAGGCUUAUUAAGUUCAUGGAUUAAAAGAUUAAUUAUUGAUGAAAGUACACCUAGAUCCGCCACUGAAAUUGUGAUUGUGCCCAAGAUUAAAAGUUUAUCUUUGACUAGAAUCAUUGAGGGACAAAUCGACAAUAUACCCUACUGGAUUAAAUGUGGUGAACAGAGUACUUGGCCGGUGUUACCUUUAAUCCACACUCGCUGUACAAUCGAAUUUAAAUUAGAUGAUAUUAUAAAAGAGAGACGAAAAUACUAA